AUGGGAUUCGAGAUAUUCGAUCACGCGCAAUGUUUCCUGGCGAAACUGACGUCUAAGGGGCACGUGAAAUUUCAUAUAAUCUCAAGUGAGAGCGAUAGAGGGUUGGGUGGGGUGCACGCAGGAACUAUUUUGCUCGUUCCUGUACCGUUCACUGAUUAUGCUUCCGUUUAUAAGGCUUGCCAGGAUUCCAGCUUUUACCGUGAAAUAGUUCUGAAAUAUUUAUUCAUAGUAAUGUUCAUGGCCUUCCUUCUUGUCCUCGUCGUUUCAAUCGUCCUCGUAGCUUCGAUGCCUUCCCCUGGCGGUCAUCACGAACACACGCAUUUCGUCAUUCACGUGCCAGAAUUGAUUCACAAACACCAUCAUACGCAUGUGAAAAAGAUUCACAUAAAACACGAAGAAGAUGAUGGUGGUCACGAUCACGUAGAAGAGUGGUGA